AAGGGGGAUCCACUUCCGGGACAUGCGUUCUUGACGGGGUCUGCUAUAUGAACGAUGACUUCUCUCUCAUCAUCAGAAACAUUACAGUUUCAGAUCAAGGAACGUAUACAUGCAUAGUAACAAACUACGAAGGAAUCCUGAUCCACAAUUUCACAGAAGUAAACGUCUUUGCUCCUCCGAUGGAACCCUUUCCCCUUAUCGAUGAAUGUCGAGGAAUACUUCCAAAUGAUGCCGAACAAACCUGUAGUCUUUCAACCUCUGAUAACAUCACCAUCACCUGCUCAGCCUCAAGCUACUUUCCAGACAUCGAUCUCUUCUUCUCACACGAAUCUAAAAAGAUGGAUGCAACUAAUGUCAAGGAAGAUGUUAACAUGGACGGGACGAAAAGCAAGUCAAUCUCCAUCGCCGCUGAACCGAGUGAAAGUCCCUAUGUUUGUGUCGCUUCUGAUAUCCCGGGAUCGCAAGACCAAAAAACAGUGACUGUGACCGUGACCUUUAUAGGAUCUACCACUUUAUCUCUGAGUGGAGUUGUUGUACCAGUAGUUAUCGUUAUCAUUCUUAUACUGGCUGCGAUUUGUUGUGCAGUAUUAUGGCGUAGGAGGAGCCAACGGAGUAGUCAAGGUUGA